CACUCACCGGACACUAGAGAGAGACCGGGCGGCAUUAAUACCGGCGAACUGCUCAGUUCAUUGGGUGUUGACAGUCGUGGAAAUUUAAGGAGGAAAUAGUUUGUUGUAAUCUGUUUUUUCUACUUUUCUACAUGCACUUUUCAAAGCGAGCAUAGAUGUCAUCGCACAGCAUGCUUAUCUCUGGAAGCUCCCGAUUGAAAUGGACGGACGCAUUUCUUUACUUGGGUCUGUUCAUGCAGUCGGCGGUUUGGGAAACGACAGAGGCCAUCCACCCAGAUUGCGCUCUGGUUGUGCAGCACAUGAAGGCUGAGGAAGAAUGUUAUCAGAUCCUCAAACAGGAGGAGAACAACCACUCUGCUAAGACAGGCUGUCCAACGGUUUGGGACAACCUUCAGUGCUGGUAUCAUGCUGAGGUGGGACAGGUGGUCAAUAUCUCGUGCGCCUCUGGCAUCUGGCAGCUGUUGCCUAAUAACCAAGGUUAUAUCUAUAGGAACUGCACUGAGAAAGGAUGGUCGGACUUCUACCCAUCCUAUGAAGAGGCCUGUAAGAUUCCAGAGGAUGAAGAAAUCGAACCAGAGACAACAUAUUUCUCCAACUUCAAACAGGUGUACACUGCUGGCUACGCUACCUCCCUCAUCUCUCUUAUAUCAGCUAUUUUUGUCUUCACUGUCUUCAGGAAAUUUCACUGCACCAGGAACUACAUCCACAUGAACUUGUUCUUCUCAUUCAUCCUGAGAGCGAGUGCUGUCUUUAUCAAAGACGCUGUCCUUUUUUCUGAUGAAAACAUGGACCACUGCUUUAUGUCUACGAGAUCCUGUAAAUCAGCCGUGGCCUUCUUCCAGUUCAGUAUCCUGGCUAACUACUUCUGGCUCCUGGUGGAGGGCAUGUACCUGCAGACACUGCUCACUCUCACAUUUGUCUUCCAGAAGAAAUACUUCUGGUGGUACAUACUUAUUGGCUGGGGUCUCCCGACGGUAAUCAUAACAGCUUGGAUUCUAACUCGAAACUUCUACGACAACAGGGGGUGCUGGGAUGACACAGAUGUGGCCUUCAUCUGGUGGAUCAUAAAAGCUCCAAUAACGGCAUCACUACUGGUGAACUUCAUGAUCUUCAUCAACGUAAUCCGUAUUCUGGUACAGAAGCUUCGGUCUCCUGGUGUUGGUGGCAAUGAUACCAGUCACUUCAAGAGGCUGGCGAAGUCCACGCUGCUGCUCAUCCCACUGUUCGGGAUGCAUUACAUGGUGUUUGCCUUCCUGCCAGAAAACACAGGGACAGAGGCACGCAUCUUCAUAGAGCUCGGUGUGGGUUCCUUCCAGGGUUUUGUGGUGGCACUGCUCUACUGUUUCUUGAAUGGUGAGGUGCAGGCUGAGCUCAAGAAGAGGUUUUGGAAGUGGCAGACUCAGAGUUACCUGAGCUACAGUAAACGACGGCGCACCCUGUUCACUGAAAGCAGCACAAUCACUCAGAUAUCUGUCCUGGACAAAUCUAGCCCAAAAGAUAAGCCAGGCUCUGAGACACACGCCCUCACCAAUACCGUCACACACAGCAACGUCUCGGCUGUGUGAAAAACAGCCGACAGCACCAGUAGUUGUGUCCUUUUCUAUACCUGCCUGGUUAGCAGAGACUAAACCACAGAGCCUGAUUGUUGAACGUUUAAGGUACCUCCUAAUUUGUAUGCUACAUUUUUUUUUAGAAGUGUGGGACUUGUAGGCUUACCGUACACGAAGUCUAAUUUGAGUUCAGCUCAUUAUUUCAUAACAUCCUAUACAUCUUUUCACAUUAAACUUUUCUCCAUGAUGACACUAGAUAUCAUGUUGGCAGAACAAGAGGUCAUUUGUUUUUUGUUUUUUUCAGAUUUUCUUUUUAUGCUCCGGGGCCCCUCCUCCACAUCUUACUCACAACCACCACAUUUUUUUCUUGCCUUGUUUAUCACAAAACCAUGUCUUGAACUGCUCAGUUUUGUGGGUGAAUGUUUUAGUAUUUAGCUUUCAUUCUCAUUAUUUUCUUCCAACCUGCUCUUAAAAGGAAAUGGGCAAAAACAAAAUGCAUAUGUAUUCAUUGUUGUCUCAAGCAGGCACAAGACAGACAGUUUUAAAUGUAUAAUUACAGGUGAAUCAAUUUUAAACCUUUCUAAAAUUCUGAAAAUUGUAUCACUCCUUUUUGCUUAGUUGUUAGUGGUUGUCCAGUAUUGAUAAAUCUAUUUAUUGAUUAGAAAACAUGAAUUAAACUGAACCUGUUAUGCUCAUUU